CUUAUUGAGUGUUUUUAACAAAAUUAACAUGGCUCGAAUGAACCGCCCAGCUCCUGUGGAAGUCACAUACAAGAACAUGAGAUUUCUCAUUACACACAAUCCAACCAAUGCGACCUUAAACAAAUUUAUAGAGGAACUUAAGAAGUAUGGUGUUACCACAAUAGUAAGAGUAUGUGAAGCAACUUAUGACACUACUCUUGUAGAGAAAGAAGGCAUCCAUGUUCUCGAUUGGCCUUUUGAUGAUGGUGCACCACCAUCCAACCAGAUUGUUGAUGACUGGUUAAGUCUUGUAAAAAUUAAGUUUCGUGAAGAACCUGGUUGUUGUAUUGCUGUUCAUUGUGUUGCAGGUCUUGGGAGAGCUCCAGUGCUUGUUGCCCUAGCAUUAAUUGAAGGUGGAAUGAAAUACGAAGAUGCAGUACAGUUCAUAAGACAAAAGCGGCGUGGAGCUUUUAACAGCAAGCAGCUUUUGUAUUUGGAGAAAUAUCGUCCUAAAAUGCGGCUGCGCUUCAAAGACUCCAAUGGUCAUAGAAACAACUGUUGCAUUCAAUAAAACUGGGGUGCCUGAUGUCAUUGCCUUGGAAGUGGAACUUGAAACAGGACCUAAUUUGUCAUACAUAGUAGCCAACAUGUUGGCUUAGUGAAUAAGUCUAAUGAAGCUUCCAUAGGAGUAUUGGAAAGCAGUUUUAUCAGGCCACAAGUUUGAUGGAAUUGCAACCUUAUGCUUGGGUUACGAUCAACCUGUUUUGGACACUUAGCAAAAGAUUCUUGCUGUUCAACAUUUAAAAUGUGCUUAUCACUUGUACCAAUUGACCUUUCCUGAAAUCAUGCAGUAUUGAGUUAUGUCUUUAAAUCUAUUCCCCUGCCAGAAUCUUAUCAAUAUAUAUGAAAUUUAGAAAGAUUAGGUGCCAAAAUACCCAGCACAAUACUUGUAUAUUUUUAGUGUUAUACAGAACUAAAAUCCCAGGAACUAUGAACACUCUGGACCUUAUGUGGUUUAUUCCUUCAGUCAUUUCAAACAUAGAAAUUAGGGCCUAUAUGGUUAUUUGCCUGCUCACUUUAUGUUUACAUCUCCCACAUUUGUACCAGUAUACAUCAGGUUUGCUCAACCUUUUUUUUUUUUUUUUGGAUUUUUACCAAGUCUUAACAAUGAUUGUUUCAUGUCUUUCUACAAAUUUUAUUUUGUGCUGUUAAGGAAAACCUCCAUUUUGAAAAUCUACAUUGUACAGAAGCACAUGUCUUUAAUGUCUCCAGACAAAAAAAGCCUUACAGUUAAUUUUAAUGUUUGCACUUUGGGGUGCAACUUACAGGGAGGGCCUGAAAAAAAGAAUGGGAGGGGGCUAUUAAGUAUUUUUAGUAAAAUGUUGCCUUUGUCUUGUGCAGAACAUGUAGAAUAUGCUCUUUAAUUUAGUAAAUAUUUUUUUAAAAGGUAGAGAUGCUUUGUUAUUGUAGCUAAAACAAUUCUUAAUCAUAAAAUUUCUGAAAUUCUUGUAUUUUUUUUCUUAUCUGAAGUUGUUUACCAACUUAUUUUUGUUUGAAGUGUGAUUUUUUUUCCUUCUCUUCCCAACCUCUCUUGCAAAAAAAAAAAAAAAAAAAAGUGGGUUUCUGCUAAUGAAUUGAGCAGACAUCUAAUAUUUUAUAUGCCUUUUGAGCUGUGUAACUUAAUAUUUGGAUACUUGAUAAUUUGUUUUAUUAUGUAAUUGAUAAAAUGGUGAUGUGUAUUAAUGUUAGUUCAACCAUAUAUUUAUACUGUCUGGGAAUGUGUGGUUAUAGUUCUGUGGGAGAAAUAAUUUGUCAGUGUUCACCAGCUUGUAAAAAUCUAGUGCGAGAGCUUAAACAUCUAAAUAAAUAAUGAAAUGCAUUUAUCAUCA